AUGUCUUCAGAUGAACAAAAAUCACAAAUAUUACAACAGGAAUAUAAUAGAUCACAAGAAAUCAUUGCUGAAUUAGAUCAACAAUUGAUUUCAAUAUCUUCACAAUUACAAGAACAUAAAAUAGUAGAUGAAACAUUAACUUCAAUACCACCAUCAGAUCGUAAAGAUCGAAAAUGUUUUAAAAUGAUAGGUGGUGCCUUAGUCGAGAAAACCAUAGAUGAAAUAAUAAUAAUAUUAGCAGAUGAAAUUAAACAAUUGACAAAACAACAAGAAAUGAUAAAUAAAGAACUAGUUAAAUCUAAAAAGAAGUUGGAAAACUGGAUAACUAAUAAUAAAAUAAAAGUAGUUAAAGGUUAA